UCUCUCUCUCUCUCUCUCUCUCUCUCUCUCUCUCUCUAACUCUCUGUACAAAGACCCUAUUUAAAUACAACAGCUUGCCUAAUAUCUUUCUCCCAUGCACUUGUCUUCCUCUUCAUCAGCACCAAUUCCCGUUAUGUCUAGCCGAAGAUCGAGAUCUAGGCAGUCGGGCUCUUCUUCGAGGAUUUCUGAAGACCAGAUCGUCGAUCUAGUCUCAAAGUUGCGCGCUGUGCUUCCUGAAGCUCGCAUGCACACAAGCGAUAGGGUGCCAGCAGCUAGGGUUUUACAAGAUACUUGUAACUACAUAAGGAAUCUGCAUCAAGAAGUGGAUGACUUGAGUGAGAGGCUCUCCGUGCUUCUGGCCACCACGGACAGUGCUCAGGCUGCGAUAAUUAGGAGUUUGCUCAUGCAAUAAGUUACCAAUUUGCUAUUUCUAUGUUACUACUUACUAGUAGGGUGGUAUGAACUUAGGAGUUUGUUUUUUGUUUGUAGAUGAAUGAUAUGUCAAGAUCAAUGUGAUAAAGUUGUGCUUUUGUUUUUUGUUUUGCAUGCGUAGUUAUAUGCAAAAGAAUUGUUUUUAAAAUGUGUUAGUCCUUAUCUUUUAUUUAAUCAGAGAUCUUGCAAUGUCAGUUGUCAGCAACUGUACUCUGAAUUGUUU